AUGACAGUAACGCAAAUUAUCCGCUUCCAUGCUCACUCGGCUUCCGAAGCCGACGACCAAGCCAACGCAGCCGUCAAAGCCCUCAAAGGCGCCAAGGCCCCCGAAAACUAUGUUCUAGGAACUCAAAUCCAGGACAAGCGUAACUUACAGUUGAGCUCGGAAUGGCACGACCCCAAAGCCGAAUCCUCAAAGGUAGCGGAAGCAUACCGUGAAACCGUCAUCAAAAGUCUUGGAAAUCCCGAGAAGAUGUUCCAUGUGUCAUUCAAAGAUGGACAGUCAGCUUUUGACAAUGGCGGCCCUCUAUCAUCACCUUUGGUCGAGUUUGUGCAGAUUUACUUCCCGACCGACAAGGUCACAAAGGAGUUCCGGGAUAAGAUAGAGAAGGACUUCAAGAAGUUCGAUGAUAUUUGCACUCCGGCUGCCAAGGGUAAUGGCGCGGUAACAUAUGGCUGGGUGCUGGAAGAGCAGGAGCACAAGGAUGUGAAGAAGGCCAAAUGCUUCUUUGUGGCGAGAGGAUGGGAGGGUAUGCAGUAUUUUGAGGAUGUAAUCAAGACGGACGAGUACAAAGAGGCAGUGCGAAUCCUCAUGGGAUGGCAGGCGCCGUGGGAUAUGUGGCACGUCAAGAGGGAGUUUUGA